GCGCAUCUCAGGGUUUCACAGUGUGUGUUUGUGUUCGGCCGUACGUGCUCUGGAUGCACAGAUGCACGCGCCGCCUCCCGUCGCAGUCGCUUCGCUGUUUGUUUUCAUGCGUCGCCGCGUCUAGCGUCGCUCCUCGUCCUGUUUGGGAGCCCGCGCUGCUGUGCGUUCGAACGAGCACGUGCUUCUUCUUGAAUAGUUAAUAGAGUUUGCAUGUGUUCCAGGGAAUCGUUUGACGGAUCUAUUUGUAAUAUUUUUUUUGAACCGCAGCAUUUGUUAAUUGCUGCCGCAGAGAGACGGACGGUCACGCCCAGAAAAACACCAAUGUUCCCGAGAAACUUACAAUUAGCACUAAUAAUUUAGUUUCUUGUCUCCUCUUGAAGCUGUGAUGACAUUUUUCAUUUUUUAUGGCAAAGUAGCAUGAUCAGUCAUGGGAAAACCUUAAUCAUGAGCCCAAACAUCAGUUAAACACACAAUAUCCCCAUCUUAGAUUAUUAUUACACUACUGAUGCACAUUUUGAUUUUUUUAUUCUUCAUUUAAGUAAUUAAAAUAAAUAACAAUGCAACAACACAGCAAUACAAUGCACAAAUAAAAUUAAAAGGCCUAUUAAGCUCAGAUGGGGGUUUAAAGGUAUCAACCCGUUUUUCUACAUAGACUUUUAGUGGUAACAACCAGUCUCGACUUGUUUUCCUUUUGCCCGCCAGGAAUUAAAAUCCACAUGUCAGAAUCAAGGGGUCAUUUAUUAUGAUUGAAGCCCCUGGCAGGGUCUCCGCCAUUAGCAAUUCAGAUCAGUCCGAAUGGUGAUGGACACAUUUUGACUUGCUCCAGUCUUUUUCCAUCAAUUGCUUCUCUGCGAAAGCUGUGAAUAAUCUCGUGCUCCCCCGUGCAAAACACUGAUUUUCACUUCGCAUGUUCACAUGAGACUCUAUUCCAAGGCCUGACAUCAAUACCUAUGAAAAGUCAGGAACAUUUUGGUUCUCAUUAAAUCUGGUGAGUCACUGCCGCAGGCCUCCGUGCUCAUUUGUCAUGCGAAGAUCCCACCGCGCGCUGAAUAAACCUAACGACAUGUAUGUUUGCGCUUCCAGAGAGUAGAUAACACCGGUGGUGCGUCUCUCCACGUGAUACUUGCUAAUACUGGAUGCUCCGAGUCAUUUGUGAGUCGUGUAUGUGUGAAUGAGGUCACUAACACCUUGUUACCAAAUAAAUUGGGCCGUUUUCGGCCUAAUGCCGAGGGCUUUAACUCGGGGAGACGCCUUCGUGUGUCCGUUCCACCGCGUUUGCCAGAGGAAGCGAACUCCUCGUGAGGGACUGUGCAUAUGUGCGCGUCUGACUUCCUCUCACUGACUCAUGUCCUAAUACUGAUGAGGGGUUAGUAAGCUCUACUCAUGUGGCUUGGAUGCAUCAUGCAAUCUGCUAGACAACACCAGUGUUUGUCACACAAAGUGUCUGUGUCCCUACAUAAACACACGGGUGCCGCCUGUCUGUCACGUCUGCUGCUCAGACGCAACAGUCCUGUGGGGCUGCGUUUGCUCGAAGGCGACAGGUAAUUGAUGCCGGCGCGUUUACUGCAGGAAAGUCCUGUUGAAUGAAACAAUCUUUGACUGAAUUUAAUAAAUUGCCAAUAAUGGCACCAGCUUUGAAUUCAGUCAAAGUUUUAUUUCCUUUAAGAAAGAAAUUGAGGAAUAUUCCCUGUUGUAUUUAAGUAAUAGAGAGAUCUUUUUUGACAAAGAACAGUUUCUCUUAAUUUAUGGCCUUCAGUAUAAAAGAAAGAAUGAUAAAGUACUAGAAAAAGCUCUGAAUGUAACCUAGAGGAACUUGGGGGAAACCACUGGACGCUCGUGUGUCACAGUGACGCGCAGGGAUUAGAUAAAUAACAGCAGAGCAUCACGACAUCAGCUCACCAUUGGACAGGUGUAAACACCAGAGGAUACAGAGGAAGACGGCAGAGCCGGAAAUCCCAAACAUGUCCAACCUGUUUCAGUGAAAAACCCUCUUCGCCGCCAUCAAGAUACGAUUACACGGGGAAAAGCAUUUAGCUGUGGAACACGGGGGAAGGAGGGAAGCACAACAGAAGCUCUGUUACCUGGCCAGGGAUUUACAAGAGCACAGGUUUCCUCUGGACCAAACCACACGGACAACAGGACAGUGGCUUUGCCUUAAAACUCUUACUCCUACUGCUAGCGGGUUCCCAGGCAGGACCUUGCAAACCAACACCUGCAUUACAGAUUACCAGCAGGAAGAGCCUCCAAGUGGACCAUGACACUUGGCCUCUCAGGGCCGCUUCAUCAGACUGAUCGGUAACUGCCCAGGCGUCUGCUGGUCACAUUAUCGGUCUGCGUGGAAGGUGCACCGUGGCCACAGCGUGAUGCAACUGAACUUUUUUCUAGUCUUGCUGGACCUAAUGGAGGACUACCGUGCUGCAGCCUAGAGUUAUUCUCAGUAAUGCCGUUAUUCUCAGUAAUGCCUGCAAGAAGCACAAGAUGAUGAAACCCCCGGCUGAGAGGGAAAUGAUUCAACCCGACACCUGGACGUUUUCUCUUUGAAUGCUCACGUUGUGGAUCCCGGAGAUGUCCCCUGAAUGAAGGUAAAGCUGGAAAAUGCUGCUGUGCUUCGGGAGCCGGAGGCGAAAUCGACACCAUGAGAUCCAGUGGAGCGAAAGCAACUGUUUGCAGGUUAUUCCAAACCCCUGCUUCCAAGACACAGACUCGUUCGUCAACAGCCAGGAAUGGACACUGAGUCGGUCCGUGCCAGAGCUGAAAGUGGGCAUUGUGGGAAAUCUUUCCAGUGGGAAGUCGGCCCUGGUCCAUCGGUACUUGACGGGCACAUACGUACAGGAGGAGUCACCUGAAGGCGGACGCUUCAAGAAGGAAAUCGUCGUGGAUGGACAGAGUUACCUUCUGCUGAUCAGAGAUGAGGGAGGGCCUCCAGAAUUGCAGUUCGCUGCCUGGGUGGAUGCGGUGGUGUUCGUCUUCAGCCUGGAGGACGAGAUCAGCUUUCAGACGGUCUACAACUACUUCCUGCGCCUGUCCAGCUACAGGAACACAGCUGAGGUCCCCAUGGUUCUUGUCGGAACACAAGAUGCCAUCAGUGCUGCCAACCCCAGAGUGAUCGACGACUCGCGGGCCAGAAAGUUGUCGAACGACCUCAAACGCUGCACGUACUACGAGACCUGCUCCACCUACGGCCUGAACGUGGAGAGAGUCUUCCAGGACGUUGCCCAGAAGGUUGUGGCCAUGAGGAAAAAGCAGCAGCUCUCCAUCGGCCCGUGUAAAUCUUUGCCCAACUCCCCCAGCCACUCGUCGGUCCCGGCUGCGUCUCUCCCCUCCGUUCACAUCAACCAGGCGGCCAAUGGCGGGGGUGCGUUCAGCGACUACUCCUCCUCCGUUCCCUCCACCCCCAGCAUAAGUCAGCGGGAGAUGCGCAUUGAGACCAUCGCUGCCUCCAACACGCCCACGCCCAUCCGCAAGCAGUCGAAGCGCCGCUCCAACAUUUUCACAUCGCGGAAAGCCAGCGAACAAGGAAAGAGCGUUGACAGUAAAACAGACAGCAUAGGCAGUGGGAGGGCCAUACCUAUCAAACAGGGAAUCCUUCUGAAGCGAAGUGGCAAAUCCCUCAACAAGGAGUGGAAAAAGAAAUAUGUGACACUGUGUGAUAAUGGCGUCCUCACGUACCACCCCAGCCUCCACGACUACAUGCAGAACGUGCACGGGAAGGAGAUCGACCUGCUGAGGACCACCGUCAAGGUCCCGGGGAAGCGGCCGCCGCGCGCCGUGGCCGCCGUCGCCCCCACCGCCAGCCCCAAAACCAACGGGCUGACCAAGGACCGCAGCUCCCUGCAGCUCGGUGUGGGAAACGCAGGGGCGCCUCAUUCCAACAGCAGCACGUCCCUCCAGACGGGCGGCUCGGCGUUCGGCGGCAGCAAGGACGGCAUGCACCAGCGCUCCUUCUCCGUGUCCAGUGCCGACCAGUGGAACGAAGCCAUCAACACCAGUACGACCAGCGCCCCCAACGGAAUGAGCGACUCCUCCUGCGCGGGCAACGCCACCAGCCCCAAACUCGAGCCCCCGCCGUCGCCGCACGCCAACCGCAAGAAGCACCGGCGGAAAAAGAGCACGGGCAUCGCCAAGCCGGACGGCGUGUCUGCAGGCAACGAAGAGCAAGAGGACUCGUUUGAGUUCAUCAUCGUGUCGCUGACGGGUCAGACGUGGAACUUUGAAGCGUCCACAUACGAGGAGAGGGAGCUGUGGGUCCAAGCAAUCGAGAGCCAGAUCUUCGCCAGCCUGCAGUCAUGCGAGAGCAUAAAGAACAAGUCUCGGUUAGGCAGCCAAAGUGAUGCGAUGGCCAUCCAGUCCAUACGAAACGUGAGGGGCAACAGCUUCUGUGUGGACUGCGAUGCACCCAAUCCAGACUGGGCCAGUUUGAACCUGGGAGCGCUAAUGUGCAUCGAGUGCUCGGGCAUCCACAGGAACCUGGGCACCCACCUGUCCCGGGUCCGGUCCCUGGACCUGGACGACUGGCCGGUGGAGCUGAGCACGGUGAUGACCGCCAUCGGCAACGCGAUGGCCAACAGCGUGUGGGAGGGCGCGCUGGAGGGCUACAGCAAGCCGGGGAGCGACUGCACCAGGGAAGAGAAGGAGCGCUGGAUCCGAGCCAAGUAUGAGCAGAAGCUGUUCCUGGUGGGGCUGCCCCAGUCCGACGUACCCCUGGGGCAACAGCUGCUGAGGGCAGUGGUGGAGGAUGACCUGAGGUUGGUGGUGUUGCUGUUGGCCCACGGCACCAAGGAGGAGGUUAACGAGACCUACGGGGACGGAGACGGACGCACCGCCCUGCACCUCUCCUGCGCUAUGGCCAAUGUGGUCAUUACACAGCUGCUCAUCUGGUAUGGCGUGGACGUGAAGAGUCGGGACGCUCGCGGGCAGACGCCGCUGUCCUACGCUCGGCAAGCUAGGAGCCAGGAGUGUGGCGACAUCUUGGUCCAACAUGGCUGCCCCAACGAGCCAGGCAGCCUGACUUCUGUGCCCACGCCCAACAUGAGCCGCCGCAACCCCAACAUCAACAACAACAAUGCCCAGUGUGAGCUUAACCGCAGCAUCAGUAUCAUGUAGGACGCCGAAAGCAGCUGCAGACAAGCAUAUAAAACCCAGAACCCAGCUCCUGUCUCUUUCCAGUACUUCCUCCUCUGUUUCACACUGUGUAACCCAGAAUCAGUACCGAUAGAAACACAUGAGGAGCAACGGACCUACUGUUAAUGUUCCACUGUGCUGAAAGACGUGGGUGUUUGCUGUUCGGACAUUGUACACUGCUUGUUUUAUAUUCAAAUUUUUUAUUUGUUGUCAUUUUUAAAUUCAUUCAAUCUUGGUCUGAAAUGAUCAUGAUCAGCUUUAAGCUUCUUGUUUUUAAGCGUCAACCAAACAAAUGACUUACUUUGGCAUUCGUACCUACCCUACGAAAAGCAUUUCCUUAAUGUGUGAACAUUUCCUUUUAUGUCUUCCCCCCUUCUGCAACUUGAGCUGAUUUUAUAAUGAGCAUGAAUGAGAAACUUCCCUCAAAUUUCCAGGCUUAAGUGCACUAACAUAAAACUGUGAGGAAUAGUUUUACAAGUGACAAACCACUGAUGUGGGAAUGAAGCUCAAUCUUCCACAAUAUCAGGGGCUGUUACAACUUUAGUAAUGAUGCAUGUCUUCAGCACAGCUAUCAAACUCUUGACAUACUAUUCAUAUACAAAGGCAAAAGCAAUUAUAGCCGAACAGUCCAAAUGAUUUAGAUACUUAAUUCACGUUGUCAUAAAGGCGUUGAUUGCUGAAUUCCUAUCGGGUGAAUUGUAGUCAUUUCCUUCACCGCCUUACUGUGAUCCUUGAGCAAAAAGUGUCCGUGAAUAUAAAGGAAUUAAGGGGGAUAAUGUUUUACGUCCACUGAUCCACGUGGCUUUGUAAGUGUGUCUCCCUAAUCAGAUUUCAUUCAAAUAUGACGUUUGAUUGAAUCUAGUGAAAUUAUGCCGUGAUGACGUCUUAGCUGGACUAAUUUUCUGAUUGACUAGAUUGUGUUGAUAAUUAUUUGAGACAGAUUCACACAGUUUUAAGCCAUAAGCGUACUGGAAAACCCAUUUACCUCCUGUGGCCAAAGGCUGUAAAAUUGGUACCCACUCGAGCAUUUCUUCUAUUGUUGCUGUGAUGUACAUAAAUGGUACCGUGUGUGUGUAUGUGUGUGCAUCCGUACAUACUGUACAAUACGUGCGUGCUUACGUCUUCGUCUGUGACCGUGUGCGGCAGACUGCGAGUGGGCAUUUCUGCUCGGGAACAUUGGAGAAAGGACGUUGGUGAGACGACGAACACCUGCAGUGACGACUUGGAUCAUAACUGUGUUUUAAUGUACAGACCUCUGUAAAAGUAGUUCUUGUUCCUUCACAGUAUCCCUUAUGGGCACAGUUUUGACCUUUAGAGCCAAUAAAAACCUUAAGAACCUGUCAGGCCAAAAGCAGGGCGCUCAUGAAACGUGUUCAAGUGACUGACGUCUAGGGAAUAAAAUAAAAAAUAAAAAACUAAAGGGUUUAUAGAGGGAAGUAUACUUAGUUUGACUCAUUUUGCUUUAAUUCAUAUGUACAGUUCAUUCAUUUAUAGUAAAUAGGUCAGAAAUAAAUAUGGGUGAAGUUCUACAGUGUAUUUAGCCAUUUUAAGGUUUUAAACCAUCUUGAUUUUGAGUUUACAAUGGCAGGAUGUAUGUUUACAGAGCAGGCUGUUAACUUGGUACCUUAAAUAUUGUUUUUAUUUUGUUGCUUAACAGUGUUUGUGUUUUCACAGUCGCCAAAUAACAAAUAUAUGGGCUAAAUGUUAAAGGGAAAAUUUGACAUGGUAGGAAAAUGUACUUACCCGAUUUUUGGCCAGAAGUGUGAUGAUGGAAACUGUUUUUUGUGGAGCUGGAUUACCCUGUCUUAACUUAGCCUAGCCUAGCCUAGCAAACACCCCGCAGUUCCUUAUGUCAAGACAAUUCCUUAUUUUGUGUUGUACAAAUUAACAAACCACGUACAUGACUUGUUAGCUUUAAACAUAAGAAGAGAAUUUUUUACUUUGGAAAGAGCCCAGCUGUUUCCUCUCUGAUUCCAGCUUCAUGCUAAGCUAAGCUACCUAGCCACGCUCCCAUAUAUGACAGUGGUGUUAAUAUCCUCCAUUUUCAUUUUCCUACAAUGUCAAACUAUUCUUUACAGACACUACACAGCAAACCACAAAUGUACCCGGAAACCUUGAAAUGUACUCGUACUGUACAGUUUUACUGGCCUUAUUUCUCAUGUCUCAUUGUAAUAAGCAUAGUGUUACUGAAAAGAGUUCAACGUGUACAGUGAUUACCCAGACCUUUCUUUACAUACUGUAGAUGAAAUAACACUAGAAACCUGCCUGUCUUUCCCCAAACACAACAUGAAGUGUACAUAUUAGCUUGAUGCUUUUAUCUGAAGACGAGCUCCUAGAAGCGAACGGAACUGGUUUUAGGUUCCCUCGACCCUGGAACCAUAUUUUGAUAAGUUGUUUUCGUUUCUACUUAGGCAUAUAUUUAAGGUACUUCUGUUUGGUCUCUACAUUAACUGACCAUCUUUGGUACUUGUGUAUAAUGAUGUACAUUUGACAUAUUUAUAAUGCAGUAUGUAAAUAUUCUUUUUUGUUCAGUUUUGUUCAAGUUAAUUUUCCUAUUGUAAGUCUUUUUACGUUCAGAACGUGAAACAAGGCAGAAGCUACAGAGUAACUUGUUGUAUGCUUGGAUGCUUGGCUAACUGUUGACCUAUUAAUAAACACUCAAAUAAAUUGA